UUUGAGAUUAUUUUAGAGGAGAUAGCGAAACAGAGCCUUAAUACCUUGUCUUCGUCAAACUAGAAACAAAAGAAAGAAAAAAAGAAAUAUCCCCUUCUAUGGAAUCUUAUUUACUACCGCCCCCCAUUCUUCUCCUUCUUUUGCUUCCCCACUACAAUAACGUAAAUUACUUUUUUUUUCUUCUUCUACGACGAUAGAAAAUUCAAGGCGAAACUAAAUCCUCCAUUUUUGAAUUCUAUUUCAAUUACUAACCCCCUCUUCUCCCCUAAGAGAUGUGUUUCUUUGUUUCUUUUCUUUUCUUCGAUCAUUCCACAGAUUUCUUCAGUGAAUGCGGAGUGAAUUGAAAGGUUUUCGACACGUUUUGUUCAAGCUUUUUACUCAAGGUGGAGUUUGACUUUGAAACCAAAUUAAAAAGAUGGAUUAAAGGAGGAAGGGGGAGUUUGGUGUUAAACAGAACUCUGCUGCUUUGUGGCUUGAGAGUUUUCCCUGUUUCUGGUUGUUGGUUUUUGCUUUAAGCGAUUGUUUUGCUGGUGGGAACGAAUAGGAUUUUUUGGGGGAUCCAGAAUCUCGAUUAUUUAUUGAGUUGGCUCUUUGUGGAUCUCAAUGCUUCUUUAAUUCGAUGGAACAAAGAAUGUUUCUUCCUUAGUCUUGAUGGGUUUGAAGAAAUCCAGCUUUUGGGGCCAUCAAAUUAAUUGUACUCUUUUGUUUCCGAGAACCCAAUUUCAGUUUAGUCCUCCUCCUGCGCAAGUGGGGGAGAAAAUCAAGAACGUUUGUUGUUGCAAGAUCUUUUGAGAGGUUCCAUCUCGGGAUUGCAGGAAUCGGGUGGAAAAAAAUGGACGAAGAGGCUAAUUCUUGGCUUAGGAGAACGAAGUUUUCUCACACGGUUUAUCAUCGAUGGGACUCAUUAAGAUUAAACCCAGUUCCGUUCAUCGUCGAACCACCUCGCAAUUCUGGCUUGAAAUCGAGGCCUUCAUCAGCUUCAUCUGCCCAGAAGCCGAAUCCUGAUAUUUCGAAGAUUCAGCGAAGUUUCAUAUCCAAUAAACAGAGGUCUCUGUCUCCUCUCCCUGAGAGCAACCUCUCUGAAGUUUUCAAGGAAGCAAAAUCCGAGAGUAAGAGAUUCUCAACUCCAACUCCUCGACUUAGAGGACGAACUAAGGAAUUCAAGAACAAGCUAUUCAAUAAGGACCCUCAAGAUUCAAAAUCAGCCAAUUCCAAGCCAUCGUUGAAUACCAGUCCCUUGAAGCAACUAUCUUCAGGGAAAGGGGGUGAUAAGUCAAAGUUGAAGGACUCUUCCUGGACUAAAUAUUUCGAUUCUGGAAAAGUCACCGCGGUUGAAUCAGCGGAUGACUGGACUGUUGAUCUCUCCAAGUUGUUUGUUGGAUUAAGGUUUGCUCAUGGAGCUCAUAGUCGACUUUAUCAUGGAAAAUACAACGACGAACCUGUUGCUGUUAAAAUUAUUAGAGUGCCUGAUGAUGACGAAAACGGAACGCUUGCGUCUCGAUUGGAGAAGCAAUUCACCAGAGAAGUUACCCUUCUAUCGCGUCUCCAUCAUCCAAAUGUUAUAAAGUUUGUUGCUGCUUGUAGGAACCCACCUGUAUACUGUGUCAUUACUGAAUAUUUGUCUCAAGGAUCAUUAAGGGCAUACUUACACAAACUCGAGCACCAAUCCCUCCCUUUGCAAAAACUAAUUAAAUUUGCUUUAGAUGUCGCUCGUGGCAUGGAAUACCUUCACUCACAAGGUGUAAUUCAUCGGGAUCUUAAGCCUGAGAAUGUUCUUAUUGAUGAAGACAUGCACUUGAAAAUUGCAGAUUUUGGUAUAGCUUGUCCUGAGGCCUUUUUUGACCCAUUAGCUGAUGAUCCCGGAACCUACCGAUGGAUGGCACCGGAGAUGAUCAAACACAAACCUUGUAGUCGAAAGGUCGAUGUGUACAGCUUUGGGCUUAUGUUGUGGGAAAUGGUAUCCGGUGCAAUUCCAUACGAGGAUAUGACUCCCAUUCAAGCAGCCUUUGCUGUUGUGAAUAAGAAUCUUAGGCCUGUUAUCUCAAGUGAUUGUCCACUGGCAAUGCGAGCUUUAAUUGAGCAAUGUUGGUCGCUACAACCGGACAAGAGACCCGAUUUCUGGCAGAUUGUGAAGGUAUUAGAGCAAUUUGAAUCUUCGCUUGCCCGUGAUGGGACACUGAAUUUAUUAGGUAACCCUCUGUCUAGUUUCCAUGAGCAUAAGAAAGGGCUCCUCCAUUGGAUUCAAAAGCUUGGCCCCCUACAUCCCGAAACUUCACCCUUGCCGGUGCCGAAACCAAAAUUCUCAUAAGUCGUUCUCCAUGUUACGACCUAGCUUUCGUAGUUGUUGUAGCCAAGUUUUUGCUUUUUGUAAUUAAAACUAGACAUUGUUCACUUCACUUUUUUUGGCUCUUGUUUAUGAUGAAUUUGUGUAUUUAGCAUACUA